AACUCCCACCACUCGUACCAUCCCCUUAGCCUGUCUCCUUCGUUCUCUCUUACCUUGAGCAGCAUCGCAGCAAUGGCCGUGGCUAAGCUACUUGUUCUGUUAGCCAUUGCCCUCCUUUCCAUUUUGAUGGCUGACUCCAACUCUAAGGUAUUGGCCAAAGGAACUGAUCACGCUGGAGGAGAAUACCUCUUGGACAAGGCUUCAUACGGACCAGGAAGCCUCAAAAGCAACCAAUGCCCCUCUCAAUGCUCAAGGAGAUGCUCGAAUACCCAAUACCACAAGCCAUGCAUGUUCUUCUGCCAGAAAUGCUGCAUGAAGUGCCUCUGCGUGCCCCCAGGCUUCUAUGGGAACAAAGGUGUCUGCCCCUGCUACAACAACUGGAAGACCAAGCGUGGAGGACCCAAGUGCCCCUGAAUUUUAACCUUUCUUUACCAUAACUUAUUCACAUUGAUGCUUGUUUUGUUUUCUGUCACUAGAUGUGGCAUCUACUGCCCUUAAUUACCCAACCAACCUUGAAAUUGGCUGUACGGCUUGGUAGGAGGCACUCUAUGAUUUGUUUUCAAUCAUGUGGGUAUUCCAAUAUAUAAUGUAGUUUAUAUUAUGAACAUAUUUGGCAUCUCAGCUACUU